AUGGCUAUCCGUUUUGUUCGCGAGGCAAAAACCAGCUUUCUAUGUUUUUUGUUAGGCGCCGCUAUUUGUUUUCUUCCGUCCGUUCCCCUUUUGGAUCCGUCUUUGCAAUAUGUGUGGAUUGAUUUCUGGAAAUACCUCCUGGGAAUAUAUGCCUUGGCAUUCAAUGUCAUCAUUAGUUUGAUAUUCAUUUCGGACAACAACCUGUAUCAGGUGGCUUUACGAGCAGGUUGGCUUGGCCUUUUCUUUGGCCUUGGACUUCUGUUGAGUGUUGCAAAAUCAACUCUUGUCCACUUUGGCUGGUACAUAAUGGCCCUGAGCUUUUUCCACUGGUCAGAGUAUUUCAUCACAGCCUUGACAAAUCCUCGCAGUCUGUCAUUGGAGUCAUUUCUUCUUGACCACAGCCGUGAAUACAAACUGGCUGCAGUCAGUAGCUGGGCAGAAUUUAUGCUUGAGUGGUACUGUUUUUCAGGUCUCAAACAGAUAAGGUGGUUGAGUAUGAUUGGUUUGAUUAUGGUUGUUGGAGGUGAAAUUCUUCGUAAGUGUAGUAUGUACACAGCUCGGGCCAAUUUCAACCAUUAUAUUCAACACGUGAAACAAGAUGGACACACACUGGUCACAUAUGGAGUUUACUCACUUUUCCGACAUCCAGCGUAUGUAGGUUGGUUUUAUUGGAGCAUUGGCACACAGUUGAUACUCUGCAAUCCGCUGUGCCUUGUUGGGUACACGGUUGUCACGUGGCGCUUCUUUCGAGAACGGAUUUACGAAGAAGAGAUUUACUUGUUGAAUUUCUUUGGAGAAGACUAUUUUGAAUAUCAGAAAAAAGUUGGUACUGGACUACCCUUCAUCACUGGAUAUCGGGGAGAACUUUAA